UGUUCUCCUCCUCCUGUUUUUUCCUGUUUGGAUGAGCAGCUCUGCCCAGUUGCUGCGUUCCCCCUGAGGAGUUUUUACUGCUGUCAGAGGUUUGAGUUCACGUCUGUUUUCUCAGUCUGGGGGUUAAACUGAGGUUCCCCUGCCCUGGAAAGGUCAGAGCCUGUGCUCCCAGGGUUUGUUUUUAGAGCAGCCCAGGGCUGGGCUGGCAUUGGACGCUUGCUUGGGCCGCUGCCAGUUCCACAUUUAGCUCGGGGCUCUCCUGCUGCAGCACCGGGGCAGCUCCAGCUCAGAGUCACUGCAAGUGAGCCCUUUCUCAGGAAGACAGUUCAGAAAGGAAAGCUGAUGGAUUUCACAAGCACUGUCAUCGUCCCGCUGCUCUUUGGCAGCCUGGGCAUCUUCGCGCUGUUCCGGCUGCUGCAGUGGAUGCGGAUGCGAGCCUACCUGCAGGAAGCUGUGGUGGUGAUCACAGGGGCCACCUCUGGCCUGGGGAAAGAAUGUGCCAAAGCUUUCCAUGCAGCUGGCUCCAGGCUGGUGCUGUGUGGCAGGGACAGUGAGAGGCUGAAGGAGCUGGUGCAGGAGCUUUGUGCCGUGAAGAAUCACCGCAAGAACACACACGAGCCUCACACCGUGGUGUUUGACCUCUCAGACACCAAAGCUGUGGUGAAUGCUGCUGAGGAGAUCCUGAAGGCCCUGGGUCACGUGGACAUCCUGAUCAACAACGCUGGCAUCAGCUUCCGAGGCACAAUCGUGGACACAGGACUGCAUGUGGAUAAGAAAGUGAUGGAAACAAAUUACUUUGGACCUAUAGCCCUCACCAAAGCACUUCUCCCCUCCAUGAUCAAGAGGAGACAAGGCCACAUUGUGGCCAUCAGCAGCGUGCAAGGCAAAAUAAGCAUUCCUUUCAGAUCUGCAUAUGCUGCCUCUAAGCACGCUACCCAGGCCUUCUUUGACUGUCUGCGAGCAGAGGUGGAGCAGUAUGACAUUGAAGUGACAGUUGUGAGCCCGGGGUACAUCCAGACAAACCUGUCCCUCAACGCUGUCACAGCGGAUGGAUCUCGCUAUGGAGUUAUGGACAAGACCACGGCCGAGGGACAGACGGCGGCCGAGGUGGCUCAGGUGGUUCUCAAUGCAGUGGGACAGAAGAAGAAGGAAGUGCUUGUGGCUGGCCUGACCCCCUGCCUGGCUGUCUACCUGAGGAACCUCUGCCCCAGGCUUUUCUUCACCUUAAUGGCAUCUAGAGCAAAAAAGGAGAGAAAAGUAAAGGGCUCUUAGAGCUCAGCUGCCCUGAGCAGGGAGAGGCUGAGCCCCUGCAGUCGGCUGGGACAUCACUGGAGGUGCUCCUGCAGGAAAAUCCUUUCUCAAAAUGCUGUUUACCAUUGCGUGGAGACUGGGAAGUGGUUUCCCCCACACUGCUGGAAGACAGCACCUAAACCUCAGCUGGAGAAGGAAGGGUGCUUGGACAGUGGGGGAGAGCUGAGGGGAGGGGUCAGGGGAACACUCCCUGGCUGGGAGACUCCUCACCUCACUGCAGGCACACUCAGCUUUACUGCCUGCUACAAAUAAAACCCACCUGUUCUGCCUUCACACCAGCAGAGCUUGGCUGUCCCCACCCCUGUGAAAUACAAUCCUCAGCUGGGAGCUCUCGUGAUCAGUGUCUCAUUCCCACUCCUUCCAAUCUGAUCCAGGACAUGCUGCUUGCAGUGGGAAACUUCACAGCCUCUUCCUGUUAACGUGCCAAGUCAUCUGAUAAAUUAAGCUCAAUCCAGUGCCACUUUUAAAGAAGUAACUGAU